UGCACUAGCGUGGUUUACUUCGACCUAUAAAAACACUCCUCUACAACACAGAUACCCCACGAGGGAAGUGAGAGCAUGCACUUCUCUAUAGUUAAGAAAGAAAAGUUUUCCCGUUGACACCAUGGUCGCUGAGCUUAUCAUGGAGGCAAGUAAUAUCCUUAGGAAAAGAGUGAACGAUGAUACUUCCAUUCCACACUCUGGUAAUAUGUCAGAAGCUUCAGCACAAAGCUCAAAUCAAGCUUACUUCCGCUCCCAAGAGUAUUAUAUUCAUCACGAAUCUUUCAAGCUCUUUGUAGGCUCUUGGAACGUAGGAGGCGUCCGACCUCCAGACAACUUGAACCUCGACAAGUUGCUCAACACUGAAGACACCAUGGCAGAUAUAUAUGUUUUGGGGUUUCAAGAAAUUGUCCCUCUCAAUGCUGGAAAUAUUUUGGCGACAGAGAAUAGUGACGUUUCAGUGAAGUGGAACUCUUUAAUUAAAGCAGCUCUUAACAAGAGGACACCGGCAGAAGAUACAUUACAAAAGACAGAAAUUGGAGAGUCACAAAGAAUUUAUCCCCUAAGAACACAGAGUUCCACCAAGUCUAAUGCCACAGAUUAUAAAUGCAUAAUAAGUAAACAAAUGGUAGGAAUAUAUAUUACCAUAUGGGCAAGAACCGAGCUACACCAGUACAUCAACAAUCUGGGUGUCUCAUGCGUCGGAUGUGGUAUCUUGGGGCGCCUGGGAAACAAGGGUUCAGUCUCCGUCAGAUUUUGCUUGCAUGAAACAAGCUUUUGUUUUGUAUGCAGCCAUUUGGCUUCAGGUGGUAAAGAAGGCGAUGAGAGACACCGAAAUGCAGAUGCAGCACAUAUAUUAGCACGCACCCUAUUUCUGCCUGAACCCCUCCGGCAUUUGCCCAGAAAAAUUUUAGACCAUGACCGGGUGAUUUGGCUAGGAGACUUAAAUUACAGGAUUCACCUGCCUGAGGAUACGACGAGAUCCUUGGUGAAGAACAAAGAAUGGAGCUUACUGUUAGAAAAUGAUCAGUUGAUAGCUGAGAUGAACAAAGGACGUGCCUUUGAGGAAUGGCAUGAGGAACUAAUUGAGUUUGCACCUACAUAUAAAUAUGACCAGAACUCGGAUGACUAUUAUGGAUCUGGUCAAAAAAUAAAAGUGAAGAGAAUGCGAGCUCCGGCAUGGUGUGAUAGAAUAAUUUGGUUUGGCAAAGGACUGAAGCAGAUCCAGUACAACAGAGUUGAAUCCAGAUUAUCUGAUCAUAGACCUGUUUACGCAAGGUUCACUGCAUAUGUAGAGGUGUCUAAACUCCCAGGAAUGCAAAGCAGCGCCUUGUCAAGCUGAACUGCUUAUUCAGAAACUGAUUUAUAUUAAGUAAAUCUGAAUGACUAAUUCCUAUAUUUUGUAGCUACUAGAGGAUAUAAGCAAAUCUUAAUGUACCACCUCCACCACUCCCCGCCGCCAGAUUUGUAUAUUUAUGAUGGCAAAUGUACAGAGAGUGCUGGAGCUUCAAUGAGAUGCACCAUAUAAAGAUAUUAUCAGAUAUAUCAUCUACAACCAAAAUUUUGAA